UUUCGUUUGUCUAUUUUUGUUCAAAUUAAAGUAAUGGGAAAUUUCGCUUGGGAUAAAGAACUGGCCAAAAAGCUAAUGGCCGAAUUUACUGGAGUGGCAAUUGUUGUGACACUUGGCUGCUGCAUGUCAACUAGAUCAUUUGGAAGAGGCUAUGGAGAAAGCAUAAUGAAUCCCUUGGUCUGGGGCCUGGCCUAUUUGACGGCUACACAGAUUUUUGCCAUACUGAGCGGCGCACAUCUGAAUCCCGCUGUCAGCGGUGCUGCAACAAUUGUUGGCAUUAUGGAGUGGCGAUUGAUGCUUUGCUAUAUGCUCGCCCAGCUCUUGGGCGCCUUGGCUGGCAUUGCACUGACCUACGCCGCCGUCGAUGAGACCAGAAACAACAUAUGUCUACCGCCCACGCUCUCCCAUGUAACAGUUAUGGCCAUCGAACUGCUAGCCACAUUCUUUCUGCUAUUAGCCUAUUGUGCUGCUUGGGAUACUCGCAGCGAGGGAAAAUACGAAACUUUACCGCUUCGCGUCGGAUUCGUAUACGCAGCACUAUCGUUCGCCAUUUACCCGGGUACCGGAGCUCAUUUCAAUUUCUUCCGUACUUUCGCGGCCGCAGUUGUCAACAACACUUGGGUCAUUCUGUGGCCGUAUCUCGCUGCCCAUGCGGCUGCCACUGCUGCGGCCGCAUUUCUCUGGCGCUUCCUAUUCCAAGAAGAGGAGCCUGAACCGAUGGAAACUUAAGUAGUCGCCAAACAGAGCAAAUUUAUAUGUAAUUAUUAUA